AUGGUGCUGCAAGCAGCGCCGGGCAACGACGGCUUACCGCCUCCCGGUCCCCCUACCUCGGCACACCUCCGCUGCUUAAUGGAGGAAUGCGUUCACAGAAAACGAAUCGCCGCGGGCGGCCUCGCGACGCCGGCCGACGUGGCGAUGCUGAUGAGCCUCGGCGUCGACGGCGUCUUCGUCGGCUCCGGCAUCUUCAAGGGCGAGAACCCCGCGGCGCGCGCGCGCGCGAUGGUCGCGGCGUGCACGCACUUCAAGGCGCCCGGUACGGUCGCGGCCGUCUCUGAGAACCUCGGCAAGGCGAUGGUGGGCCUCCUCGAGCAUGAGGACCCCGUCCUCGUCGCGCAGCAGCGCGCGGCGGUCGCGCUCGCGCAGAAGGACGACGCUCCGAAGGAGCUCGGCGGCAAGCGGCGCAAGGCGGACGACCCGCGCGACUACUACAUCGCGGAGGAGGAGGAGGGGACGCCGCCCGCGCACAAGAAGCGCGCGCCGGCGGCGUACCCCGUCGGCGGCAUCGACCCGGCCGUCAAGGCUUGA